CAAGGGAAUAUGUAACAAGUUAUCGAGCACCCUAUACCGUUUUGUCUCUAUACACAUUGAUAUCCAUAAUAGUAUUCGUAAUACGAGUAUUACAUUCGAGAAGCAACAUAUGAAUUAAAAUUACUCCUUUUCUUGUAUCAAAACUCAUUAUACGAUAGAAUUAUGUUAUCGAGAAACUUUGAAAGGGAGAAAACGGAUAACGAAUUGAUAAUAUUCAUUUGAAAAUAAAAGAAAUAGCGCCGACGAAAAGAGCGGCUUUAAAAAGUGCGGCAAAAAUUAAAAAUGGUUGAAAAAGAUUUAACGCCCAGAUUCUUUAUUUAAUAUAUAUUUACGAAAUGUUUUCUCUUUGUUAUUCAUGGAUUACAACAUCUUUCUAUUUAAGAGGAAAGAAAGUGCGUUAACAAAAGUACGACGUUUAAUAUUUGGCAGCAUUAUGCGCGGUGGCGUAGCGCAUGGAAAAAUUGGGUCGAUCUGCGAAAGAUGGCGGCUGCAAUGUGAUGUGCGUAAGAGAAUUAUGCUGAUAGAUUUUUAUGAAAACAUACAAAAAAUAUGGAAAAAUCUGUUUCCACGUGUAAAGUGAAACCUCCGAAUGGGAGUCUGCAAUAUGUAUCAUAAUACUGAUAUACUAUAUUAAAGAUAGUUGGAAGAUAACGUUUGUUUACGAUAAAGUUUGUGACCACCGCAACGUGAAGCCGAGUGUGAAAGGGUAAAGAGAGAGAGACUCGAAAAGAAAACGAGACUGGAGAUAAAGCGUUGCCGGACUUCGGCCCGGUGAUAAUAUCAGUAGAGAUGCUGAAACAAUUGCAGAUGGGAAUGAGAGCUUUUCUCUUGAUGGCUUCCCGCGUGUGGACAUGCGUCUGUUUUCUACUCAAGAAGCAGGUUAGAGCCCACGAAGAAGAUACACUACUGCGAUAUCAAUUCGCGUCUAUAGAUUUUUCCAAAAAGCUUACAGCACACAAUUUCACAAAUGCAGCCAGUUAAGUAUGAAAUCUUCCCAUUAUCUCCUUUAUCAAGGCAUAGACUUAAUAUAGUUAAAAGAAAAGUGCUAGUACUUGAUUUGGAUGAGACCUUAAUUCAUUCUCAUCACGAUGGAGUAGCGAGGCCAACUGUUAGGCCUGGUACACCUCCAGAUUUUGUUCUCAAAGUAACAAUAGAUCGACAUCCAGUUAGAUUUUUUGUUCAUAAAAGGCCACAUGUAGAUUUUUUCUUGGACAUUGUUAGUCAAUGGUAUGAAUUAGUAAUUUUCACUGCAUCCAUGGAAAUUUAUGGUGCAGCUGUGGCAGAUAAACUAGAUAACAAUCGAGGUAUUUUAAGGCGCAGAUAUUACAGACAGCAUUGUACUCCAGAAAUGGGUUCCUAUACUAAAAAUCUUUCUGCCAUUUGUUCAGAUCUAGCUUCUGUCUUUAUUCUUGAUAAUAGUCCUGGAGCCUAUAGAGCUUAUCCACACAAUGCAAUACCUAUCAAAUCAUGGUUUAGCGAUGCAGGAGAUACUGCUUUAUUGAAUUUGCUACCUGUUCUGGAUGCUCUACGCUUUACACAAGACGUGCGGUCAGUUCUUUCAAGAAAUUUGCAGUUACAUAAUACUUGGUAGCAUAAUCUUAAUUGAUUGAUGUACUAGACAUUCUAGCAAUCAAUCGUGUAAUAAUUUAGUGUGUCUAGAUUAGGAUUAUUAUUGUUAUUGGUAAUAGGCAUAUUAGGAUGCUGUCCAGAUAAUGAGAUGACGAACCCCUUACCCUGUCCUCAUUUUGUAUACUUGUUAUGCAAAAUAUAGCGAGUGUGUGUCAAAGGGAAUGGGAUCUUCAGCCAAUUAUUAUAUCAGCACAAAAUCUUAUAGAAUAAUUUUUGUAUACAAUCUGAUUCGUAUUUAAAUGAAAGACCUGUUUUCUAAUUGUGCAUUUGCCAAAGAUUAAAAAAUUGAAAACACGUUAAUUAUAUCUGACAAAAUCUCUCAUAAGGGGAGAAUUUUAUUUUUAUUUAAAUUUUGGCACACAUGGCAAUGAAAUGAUGAAACUGAAAUACUUCUAUUAUUGUACAUUAUCAAUCUAGAAUGUAGAAAGAAACAUACUAAGUCAUACUUCAAAUAGACUCUGCUGUAACUCACUGUAUCAGUGAGGCAGCUGUCUGAGUUAUGUCUAAUAUAAAGAAGUAUUAAUAAAGAUAUAAAAAAAAAAAGUACUGAAAAAAUAAACAUUUCCUUUUUGCAAAAAAUUGAGGACUACAACCAGUAAAUCCAACCUGUGACAUUAAUAAAUAAAUAAAGAAAGAAAAAAAAAAAAAGAAAAAAAGAAAAAAAGAAAAAGAAAAAAAAGAAAUAAAUCAGCAAAAUAAUGAAUUUAUGCAUAUACCUGUAUACUCUGUCCGCUUGUCUAACGAUUUAGAGUUAAUGAUGAAUAUUAUGUACAUAUUAGCAGUAAUUAGAAAACGAAUGUGUUUAUUAUGGAGUGGCUAGUGUGUAUGUAUGAAGAAUGUAAUUAAGUCAUUAAGAGUAUAAACUUUAUAUAAUAUUUAUUAUAAAUGGAUAUAUACAUAUAUGUAUAUCUUAAGAUCGAUCAGUAAAUAAAAAUAUUACAAUUGCA